AUUAUUUGGGGCUGAGUGAGCCUCUCAAUCGUCCCCUUCCUCACUUCUCUCUGUUUUUUCUACCCUUCGAGCUGUUUGACUGAUCAUUUUCCUUUGAAGAGAUUCUGGUCUGCUUUCCCCCGCCCCAACUGACGCUUAAAGCCUUGUAACGAGAUUUGCUUGCUGUUCCCGGAAGCCGUUCUGCUCCACCCUUCAGCCGCCGUCGCCGCCUCCAAUUUGCAUCUCCGGUGAUCCUACCUCAACCCUUUACCUGCUGCGAGAUUGCGCCCGAGCUCAAUUCGUCCCGGGAGAUGAAGAUGGAGGUGGGUGUGGGUAUGGCGGGUGAGUUGUGGGACAAUGAUGAAGAGAGGGCCAUGGUUGCGGCCGUUCUGGGCACCCGGGCUUUCGAUUACUUGAUCUCGAGCUCGCUGUCUAACGAGAAUCUUCUAAUGGGCGUAGGGAGCAACGAGAACCUGCAGAACAGGCUCUCCGACCUAGUGGACCGCCCGAACGCCUCGGGUUUUAGCUGGAACUACGCCAUCUUUUGGCAAAUCUCGCAGUCCAAAUCCGGUGAUUUGGUCCUCGGAUGGGGGGACGGGUGCUGCAGGGAGCCCCGGGAUGGAGAGGAGUCGGAGGCCACCCGAAUCAUCAAUUCGAAAUUCGAGGAGGAUGGUACUCAGCAGAGCAUGAGAAAGAAGGUGCUGCAGAAACUACACACCUUGUUCGGUGGGUUGGAAGAGGAUAGUUACGCACUUCAGCUGGACCGUGUGACGAAUACUGAGUUGCUGUUCUUGGCAUCCAUGUACUUCUCCUUCCCGAGAGGGGAAGGUGGUCCUGGGAAGUGUUUUGCAUCGAGGGUGCAUAUCUGGUUCACAGAUGCGUUGGGAUCGGGUUAUGAAUGUUGUGUCCGCUCGUCUCUCAUGAAGUCUGCGGGAAUGCAGACUAUCCUCUGGGUUCCGGCAGAUGCGGGGGUGGUGGAGCUUGGAUCGGUGAGAUUCGUGCCCGAAAGUUUGGAGUUACUGCAGUCGAUUAGGUCUUCUUUUUCGCUGAAUUCUUCAGUCUUGCCAAGGAUCAAUGGAGUGAAACAGGCAAAUGGGGAGACGAACCCCAAGAUUUUUGGGCAGGAUUUGAGUUUGAUGCACAGUGGUCGUGCGCAGUUCAGGGAGAAGCUCCCAAUCAGAAAGAUGGAAGAGAAGCAACCUCGGGAAGUUCAUCCAAAUGGUGUUGGGCUUGCCUUCCCCAGUCCUCGGAACGGGAAGCGUCCCUCAAGUUGGAAUUUUGUUCAUGAUGUAAAACAGGGAAACUCUGUUGGUCCAUAUGGUCCUCAACCCCGGGUUGAGAAUUCAUUGCCUCCUAUUAAUGGAGCAAGAGUAGAUUCUUGGCUCGAGCACUGCAAGUCGCAAAAUUGGACGCAAAUGCAAAUAGAUUUUUCAGGGGCCACAUCGAGGUCCUCAGCUACUGCCCGACCACUUAGCACCGAGGCAGAGCAUUCAGAUGCUGAAGCUUCCUGCAAAGAAGAGCGAGCAGGUGCAGUUGAUGACAGUAGACCCCGCAAGAGGGGAAGAAAGCCUGCCAAUGGAAGGGAAGAGCCUCUCAAUCAUGUGGAGGCUGAGAGGCAGAGACGAGAGAAACUCAACCAGCGGUUCUACGCCCUGCGUGCCGUCGUGCCUAACAUCUCCAAGAUGGACAAAGCCUCUCUUCUCGGAGAUGCCAUUGCUUAUAUUAAUGAGCUUCAGGCAAGGCUUAGAACCAUGGAAGCAGAGAGGGAUAACUAUGUGAGCACAUCAAGCAAUUCGGGUCCAAAGUCUGGUCCAGAGGUUGAUGUUCAAGCUGCCCGAGACGAGAUUAUCGUCAGAGUCACCAGUCCCGUGGACUCAGACCCCGCAUCUCAAGUGAUUCAAGCAUUCAAAGAUGCACAGAUUUCUGUCAUUGAAUCGAAGAUCGCAGCAGCAAACGACACUGUGUUUCACACAUUUGUGGUCAAGUCUCAAGGGGGCGAGCCACUUACUAAGGAGAAGUUGAUCGAAGCAAUUUCUCGUGAAUCUAGCUCCUCGUAGUCAUUCUCAGUCCUGUUGGCGCAGAUAUUAUUUGCACCUAACAUAGUCCAUAGGAAUUAGAUUUCUGCAGAAGGAGCUCAGGAAUUUACUGCUUUGGUUCUUGUACAAAAGCGAUUCUCGUAUACAAAGUUCGAGUCUCGUACUGGUAUCACCGUAGUGGAGUAUUUUUCCCUUCUUUAAUUUCAGUUGUAUAAGUCUUAAGAGAUUGCCAUUUUUGGUCGUCACCAAGCUGAUUAUUUUCUUCAUAGCUUUGCUAUUAAUACAUUAUCAGACCGUUUGCCUUGCCACUUUUGGUGCUCUUGCUGGAUCUAUUGUUUCCAUCUCAUGUUGUCAUGUUUGUCUCUGGCAAGCGGGGAGCAGACGAGUCCCUUUCGUCUUUCCGGGGGAGAAUAUCUAAUUGAGACCGAACACAGCAGCGGUCGUGGCGCUUUCACGUGGCUCGUGCCUUGUUGUGCUGCGGACCAACAAAGCGGAAAAGCGGCUGCGAGAGAUUCUUAAUUAUUGGAUGACGAAGCUUUGCCUGGUCUGGUCAGAUAUACAUUAUUCAUGACAUGUGAAAAAGCAAAGGAAAGAAUAGAUACCGUUCUCAAAGUUUGGAUCCCAUUCCAAUCUUCAGUCUUUUGCUAUGCGCAAAGUGAAUUAAGGUAUCUCUUGCCUUUGGUGGAAAGGAAUUUAGGGGCUAAAGCAGCCCAAGGAAAGAAAAUUAAUUGAUUUUUUUUAGUGAGAAAUAGUUGUGCUUAGAUAUUCACAUUCCAUAGUAGGAAAUGUAAUGAUUAUUAGUCUUGAAAUAUAGGAAGUGGUUCCCAUGUUAUUGAAAUUCUUCCCUCCUGCUUUACUGGUUCCCUUGUCA